AUGCCAUCGGACAGUGGUGCUGCGUGGUCGCCGCCCGCCUCCAACAGCGAGCGGCGGCUGAGCAACUCGUCGGACGGUAGCGCCGGAAGCGGCUAUUCGAAGGCUACGACAGACAGCGCGGACUUCCUGGCCACUCGGCCCCACACCGCGUCCGUCAUACCGGGCAAGCCCGCGGCCAACCCGCUGCAGUUCAUCAAGGUGGGCCCCGCGGACCUGGGCAGCAAGGCGCGGGAGCAGCUGAGACGCGCUGAACUAGCCAAGCGGACGGAGCCGGCGCGGAUCGAGAGGCAAGAAGACUGGCAGUCGAACCUGGACAACUGGAAGUCGUCGCGGCGGAAGCGCGUGGAGCACAUCAUCGAGCGGUGCGUGGAGGUGCGACGGAUGGAGUGCGAGCCCAGCCAGCCCCGCGGCAAGUCCAAGACCUUCAACGAAAUGCUGGAGGAGAGAUCGGGGCGCAGAAGGCGAAACCCGUUGGCCCUGUACACUGAAGACGAUGGGCACGACCUGAGCGACCUUGGCAUCGGUACCUCCAGUACCAAGAGCAGCCUCAGCGAAGACUGCGACACGCACAGUCUCGCCAGUGAUGGCAUGGACCUCGAUAAAAAUCACUCUGAUGUCGAUAACAUGUCCAAUUGCGGUAACAAUCGCAAGUUCGGCUCCAGUGCAAACGAAUACGACACUUGCACGACCACAACGAUCAGCUCUCCUGAGCCCGAGGAAUAUACUUACGAAGGUGCCAUCGAGGGCUACAAGUCCAGGAUAAUUUCGCAAACAAACAGCAACAUUGUAAAGACAGUGGUCAACAAUAACUUUAAGGAGAAGUCUCCUGAUAAAUCAAACGGUGAUAUUAACCGAAUCAGAACAUCCGUCAGCAACAAGAUCGAGGAGAAGGUCUCUUCCCUCCAACAAGAACGGACGAUUGAUAUAAAAAAUAAUAACCAAAAGAGAGACUUGCCUAAAGUUAACAUAAAUCAGAGACGGGAGCAAUUUGAGCGAGAAAAUUCUCAAGAAAUACAAUUGAACAAGCCAAAAUUACCUGAAAUUAAUAAUAAAAAGUCUAUUAAAGAUAGGCUGUCAAGCUUGGAAAAGUUUACAGAAGAAAUUAAUGUACAAAAAUCAACCACUGACUUGUCUAAACUUCCUUCGGAAGUCAAGCCAUUAAAAGAACGAUUAUCGUCUCUAGAAAAGAUAAAAUGUACAGAGCCAGAAAAGUAUAAAAGAUUGUCUAAUGGUGAUUUAAAUAAUACAAGGUCCCUCAAAGAGCGCUUGUCUAUUCUUAAAUCACAAACUUCGGAAGAAGACGUAAAAUUGACAAAAACUGAUGUCAAAGAAGUUUCCAUGAGCUUAAAAGAGCGUUUAUCGUGUCUAGAUGCAGCAAAGAAUAAAGAUAUUCCUAAAAUAUCUGUGGAAGAGGAGAUCGCCAGUAAUGAAAAAUGUGAUCUUAAACUUUGCGAUGAUUUAAAAGACAAAACGUCGGAUUGUUCCUUAAAGUCAAGUCUUUCUGGCAUAGAGCACCAAAUGCAAAGCUUCUGUCGUUCGCUCGACAGUUUGGACAUAAAUGGUCAAUCUUCACCGAAUUCGUUUGAAAGGGUGCAAAGUUUGGAGGACUUCGAUUGCGCGGAGAUGCAAAACAACACUGUUACAAGUGAUAUUGAAACAGAAGAUAGCGGUAUUCAUACUGCCAGGGACUCGUGUGCGCCGCCCGAUGACAUUGCAGAUUUAACUCAAGUAGCUUCUCCUAUUGGAGAACCUAUGGCUGAAGUUUCCGAAUAUGAGUCCUCUAAUGAAGAUAAUAUGAUUGCUUCUGAACCGAUGAAAAUCGAAGAAGUGAUCGAUAGCAACACUGAGCCCAUUCAAACUGUAAUAGGUGAUGUUAUAGUUGAGGAAAUUGAGGAACAAGAAAGUAAAGCUGAAGAUACCGACAGUGGGGGCAAUUAUGUUCAAGCAAUGUCGCAACAAGAAGAAUUAAGUGUUACCGAAGACGUGACAGAAAUUCAAAUGGACAAAGACGAUGAAGACACUUUAAAAAGUUUGGACAAUCAAGACUCCAGUGUAAGUUUAAAUGAACCUGUGUCGACUGCAUCAGAGGGUGAUACGGUAGUCUUUCAGGGAAAGAUGACUAUACAUCUAAACUUAAAUGAAAUCUGCAACAAUCUUAAUAAUACUGGUGCCGGGAAUAACGUUAAACUUAAUGAAACUAGCCAAACUAACGACUCUACUAACUGCAAAGGCAUGCCAAUGGUGAUCGAUGCUUUAGAGCUGGCGUUCAAAGAGCUGGACUCGGAAGAUAGCUCGGCGGAUAACAGCAAAAUGGAGGAGGAACUGAAAGUAGAAGACAGCGAGGGCACUGUCAAACCCGAUAAAGGCCUAAUCGAUUUCGAUUUCGACAACAAGGUGUCGGUCGCACCGCUGUACGAGAGCAUAGACUUGUUCUAUCAGAAUACGGUAGAAGACGCGGGAGCGUUUCCUCUGGAUAUGCCCACUAACGUGAUGGAGCCUCCCAAAGAGAAACCCCCUCCACCACCAACUGAUGAUGUGGUGGAAGACGAGCUUCUUGGAAACGGUAACUUUAAGCACACUAGCUCAGCUCGCCGCAUAAAGAAGGAGAUACGCAACAAACGCACUUCUUUCCUCGGUAUCGAGGGCCAAGUUGACGAUAGCUAUUUGGACGUGGACCUGACAUUAGCUCCACGCCCGGACAUCACGUCCUUCCUUCAGGAGGAGACAAAGAUCGAGAAGCUUCUGUACAAGAAGACGCUCUCGCACGACAUGGACGCGAAGCUAAGAGACAGUAGAGAUUCUGGGGUAGACGUGGACAGAGGCCCAUCGGCCGAGGCCUGGUACAAGGGUCAAUCGUCACCGGAAACCUCCAAUCCACACAGCAGACAGAAUAGCGAGCCCUAUACCCAUGUGACAGUUACAUCGGACGAGGAAGAGAUCGCUAAGAAAAACAACAAUCAAUUCACAGAUGACUUGACUACAAAACUCAAUUCGUUGACCACGUCUGAAAACGAUCAAACUAAGAUCGAUAGUUUGGAUAAAAAACUACAACGUCAGCAGGAGGUGCUGCGCUUCGAGAGGGAACUGCUCCAGCUGGAGCAGGAAGAGCUGAGGCGGCAGAGGGAGAACCUCCUUAGAGACCAGAGCAGGAUAAUCCAGAAGUCCACGCAGGACAUAUCGAACGUAGCCGAGAAAAGCGUCAGGGUCCGGAAGGGCCAGAGCUACAGGCACUCGAUGCCGAACCUGCUAAUCGCCGAGGGGGGCGCCCCCGUACCCUCAGUCCGCCGUCAGGACAUCUCCAAACGGAAGCCCUUCGUCUCAGAGGAGCACAUACGCAGCCACUUCGGCGUGGAGGAGAGCAGGCGGCUGCUGUGCGAGCGAGAGGCCCGUCUGGCGGCCGCCCCCGCUCCCCCUCCCCCGCCCCGGCCCCGCGCCCCCGAACUCCCCAGACGCGACAUCCCGAUGAGGAGCAGCAGGGUGCCUUCGGGCGUGGAGUACGUCAACGUGGAGCGCGGCGUCCAGCUACGCCAGAAGCAGGCCAACGGGAACCCUGGACAGUACCACCCCAUGACGAGGCACACGCUGCAGGCGCUGAGCGCGGCGCCCACGCCAAAGCUGAUCUCGAGCGCGGACUGGAUGCAGGCGCGAAACAGGAAACCCGCCAACUACAACUACCACCAACACUGGCUUAUCCAGGAGGCGGAACAUCGUCGCAUAGAGGAGCACAAGAACAAGAUACGCGCGAAUCAGCGUCACUCUUACCACGAGUCCCAAACGCCGUCCCACCGCCCCCAACACGUCGCCGCCAGCCAACAGCAGUCGCCGAGAGAGCGACGCGACGAGAGGCAGCCGCUCAGCGUUAGCGGCAGGCGCAAGUGCUCGCACUGCGGCGAGGAGCUGGGUCGCGGCGCGGCGAUGAUAAUCGAGUCGCUGGCGCUGUGCUACCACGUGUGGUGCUUCGCGUGCGCCGUGUGCGGCGCGCGGCUGGGCGACGGGCGCAACGGCGCCGACGUGCGCGUGCGCAACGCCGCGCUGCACUGCCACCACUGCUUCUCGGCCGACGACGGCUCCAAGUACUCCUGCGUC